GCGCGCAUUGCCAGCAGUACCCCGAACCACCACAACUGGCACCAAGUUCACCAACAAUAGCACAGGUGUUCAAGCAACUCCCAAGCCUGGCCUGGCCUGGCCUGGCCUGUCACCCAUACUCUCCUCCUCCUCCAGUGUUCGCCCUGUGGUCCUACACCCAUCUGGACAAACUCAGUUACAGACCCAACCUCGACCGCUCCGACACACGCCCAAAACCGAGUCCACGUAUGCGCCCACAAGCAAAGACGAGUCUAGAGUUAGACUACCUUAUCCGACCAGCACAAGCACUCAGCACUGAGUCCCGAGUCUGCACAGCACCUCCAUCCCAAAACAGGUCGCACAACAACAUGUCCUGACUUCGUCUACCCUCCCCUGCCGAGUCAUGCCCGUCCAGUCCAAGCCCAUCCCCGCCCUCUACACGGUGUACAUACUCCGUUCCACCGUACGCCACGCGUCUCUCUACAUCGGCUCGACGCCCAACCCUCCGCGCCGUCUGAAGCAGCACAAUGGCGAGGCCCGCGGCGGCGCUGCUCGCACCUCCCAUCUGAGCCUGCGGCCCUGGGACAUGGUGGGGCUGGUUUCCGGCUUCCCGGGCAUGGUUGCUGCUCUAAAGUUUGAAUGGGCGUUGACAAACCCGCAUCUUUCUCUGCAUAUACCCUCAACAUCCCGGAUCACUGUCUCGAACGGAGUGAAGAAGAAUGGACGCCCCCGCCGGCCUCGUGCGAGCCUCUCCUCGAUCUUGCCCAAUCUACAGCUCUUGCUAGGUGUACCAAGCUUUCGUCGGUGGCCGCUUACACUACAUUUCUUUGCAAAGGAUGUACACAAAGCAUGGGUUUCCUCCUCUGCCAACUCAACCAAGCCUCUGCGAAACACCCUCAACAUAGUCACCGACUUCGGCCCCGACCCCGCCGCAUCUUCAGACGACGUCGCUUGGGGCAUCCAUGCUUUACCUGUGGAUUACACAAACAUGAAGGCCUAUGUUGAAAAAGCACAGUCCAUUACCGCCUUUGAAAGAGAAGGCAACUGUGUUGUCUGCAAAGAAGCCCUCCCUCACGGUCAGGGAUUACACGCUGUAUGUCCAAACGAGUCUUGUGAGGGCGUUGGGCAUCUUGCGUGCUGGAGUCGUCAUAUGCUCCACAACGAAGAGGAUCGAGGAGUCGUAGUCCCUAUUCAGGGCCAUUGUCCACAAUGUGGGGGCCAGAUUCAGUGGGUCGAUAUGAUGAAAGAAUUGUCACUACGGGAAAGGGGUGCGAAAGAAAUCGAGGCUCUUCUGAAAGUGAAGAAGAGGCGAACGAAGACUUGAUAAGAUGCACGUGGGUCCCUCUGUCAAACACGGAUCUGCAAGAUCCAUCUGCGAGAUAACAUCUUUUCGGCCCGCAAAGCCUGUUUCUCCCAAUCGCCACGAGUCAGAUCGGUUCUUAUGAAUCAGACGGCUAGUGACGAGUUUUCGCAUUAUCGUCAUAGCAGUGGAGUUCUACCUUUGCGGCAGUGUCGAGUUAUUCUCACAG